AUGGGUCGAAAUAUUUCGAUGAUAUCAAUUGUACUUAUAGGUUUCGUUUUAUUUGCCUUUGCUAAAGGCGAAAAUUGUGAAUCACCACAAUUCCAAGUUAGUUCAUAUUCAACAAAAGAUGCACGUCUUACAGCUGAAUCAGCAGCUCAACUUGAAAUAACAAUUAAAUGCAAAAGUGGAAAACAACCAAAUACUCUUUAUGCUGAUAUGUAUGGACAAGUUGUUCCUUGUGCUCAAUCAAUUUCAUCACCAGGAAAAUAUUAUGUUAGUGUAGCAGCUGCUACUCAUAAACAAUUAGCUAAAGGUUCUACAGUUGUUAAAUUAUAUGAUGACGAAUCAUAUUCAGCAUUACGUAAAGCUCGAACGGAAGAUGCAGUUAAAGCAGCUAAACCAUUUGGUGUAGUUGAAAUAAAUCAUCCAGGUGCAAGUUAUGGUCCAUGGUUACCAAGUGAAUUUUUUGCUGUUAUUAUUUUUGGACUUAUUUGGUGGGCUGCAUAUCGAGAACGAUCGAAAAUACUUACAUGA